ACGCCGUGUUCAGGAACACCCCUCAUUGCAGAGACAUUACCUGCCACUAUGAUGCCUGGGGGCUUCACCGAUCCCAGGCCUGCUACUCCAGAAAUCCAGCAGAUUGCUAACCAGGUGAAGCCACAACUCGAAAAGGAGGUGAACAUGACAUAUCCCAUCUUUAAUGCCGUAGAAUAUAGGUCUCAAGUGGUUGCUGGGACUAACUACUGUAUUAAGGUCCAAGUUUCUGAUGACGAGUAUGCCCACUUACUGGUGUUUCGUGCCCUUCCACAGGAAGACCAAGGUCCCAAACUUGUCCGGUAUUGGACUGGCAAAACCAGAUACGAUCCUCUGGAAUGCUGAGAGAUCAUGGGGAAUGAUGCCUCAGUUGUGCAAACUGCACGUGGAUUCUGCCUGCGUCAGUAAAUGCAGGACAAUAAAAUAAGUUUU